AUGAAAGAAGAGAGACAGAAACGUGAGGCAGAGAGAAAGAGAAUAGAAGAGGAAUAUAUAGAGGAACAAUAUAAAAGAGAGAUUAAAAAUAUAGAGGACCAAGAGACAAAGAUACUAGAAGAGCUGAAGACAGAACGAGAGGAAUGGGAGAAACAGAAACAACUGGAAAGACAAAGAGAGGAAGAAGAGAAAGAAACACAUAGAUUAAAUGAACUUCCUACUGGAGGUCCUGACGCUCAGCGCUCCAAAGAAUUGUCAUUUUCAGAUGAAGAAGAUUCACCAUCGGAUCCAGAAUCUUUGAGAAUCUUGCUGUUUGGGGGGACAGGAAAUGGAAAGUCUUCAACAGGAAACACUAUCUUUGGAAAACCUUGCUUUUACAGUAAGGAGAGUUCAUGUUUAGUGACCACAACAUGUACAAAGGUCAUGGGUGAAGUUAACGGUCGGUCAGUAGCUGUUAUUGAUACUCCAGGACUCUUCGACCCCUCACUGACAAAAGAGCAAGUGCAGGAAGAAAUAAUGAAAUGCAUUUCACUGUCAGCCCCUGGACCUCAUGUGUUUAUCGUUGUCUUUGACAUGUGGAAAAUCACCAAGGAGGAGAAAGACACUUUAGAAAUGAUAUUGAAGAUAUUUGGCCCAGAAGCUGCAGGUUUCAGCAUUGUUCUUUACACUGGAGGAGACAACCUAAAGAAAAACCAAACAAUAGAACAAUAUGUAGAGAAAUAUAAAAAUGCUGAACUUGACAAACUGAUCAAAGAUCAAGAGAGAUUCCUGGCUUUUAAUAACACAAAAGUGCAGGAUCAGACACAAAUUCAGCUGCUGUUAAAAAAAAUAGAAGAAAUUAACCAAUCUAAUCAGGGUAGAUUUUUCACUAAUGAGAUGUUUGAGGAGGCAGCGGUCUCCACUGAACAGAGAAUGAAAAUGAUCAAAGAAAAGGAAGGAAAAAAUCAGGCUCAUGUUGAUGAAUUAACAGCCAAGUAUAUUAAGGAAGACAGAAUUAUGAGAAAAAGGCUGGAAGAGAAAAAACAAAGGAUGGAUGAGGAAAUUGAGAGACUGAAGAAGAAGUUUAAAGAACAAGAGGAAAUACUCUGGAGAGAGUUUGAGGAGAAAGAAAAAUCAGAGAAGGAGAAACAAGAGAUUGAGGAUCAGAAACAAUCGGAGCUGGAAAAACAACAAAAACACAAAUAUGAGCAAAACUUAGAAGAGAUGAAGAGAGAAAAUGAAGAUCAGAUAAAAUGGUGUGAAGAUCAGCAAAAAAAAAGAGAAGAAGAAGAUGAAACAAGAGAAGAAAAAUAUAAACAAGAUCUAGAAAAGAUGAAAAAUGAUCAUCAGCACAUCGUGGCAGAGUUAAAAAUAAAUCAGGAAGAGGAAAUAGAAAAGAAAGAUUCAGAGAAGCGAAUAAGGAAGGACAGAGAAGAGAAAGAAAGAGAAGAAUGGAAGAGAAAAUUAAAAGAGGCUGGAAAAGAUGAAGAGACCAAACGACAGCAGAGAGAAUGGGAGGAAGAAAAGAAAAGACAGACGAUAGAACUAAAGGAGGAUGAAAGAAAGAGAAAAGAGAGGCACGAGGAACAGCUGAGAGAAAAACAAGAAGAGCUGGAGAACAAGGAGAAGAAAUUUCAA